AUGGCAAAUGACUGGUGGGUAAAAAAAGCACAAGAAAUUCAAGCAUUUGCUGAUGUCCAUAACACUCACGGCUUCUAUGAGGCAGUUAAGUCCAUUUAUGGCCCACAAAGAAGGAAUGUCACACCAGUAAGAUCUUUAGAUGGCCCCACACUCUACAAAAUCAAUCAAAUGAUUGCAGUAAGUUGGGCUGAGCACUUCAGCACACUUCUAAAUCAAAUUAAUCCAAUAAGACCUACAGCACUGGAUAACAUCCCACCCAUUCCGACCCUGCACCUCCUGGAGGAAGCCCCACUCCUACGAGAAGUGGAAACUGCAAUACGGGGGCUCAGCAACAAGAGCGCUGGACCUGACGGCAUUCCUGCUGAAAUCUACAAACAUGGAGGUCCCCACCUGACUGAGCGCCUCCAUAGCCUCUUACUCACCAUAUGGGCCACAGAGACCAUCCCCCCAGAAUUGGAAAGAUGCAAAUAUCAUAACACUGUAUAA